AUGGCCGCCUCAACAAUGGCUCUCUCCUCCCCAUCUUUCUCCGGCCAGCCGGUCAGGAUCAUCCCCGGCACCGCUGCUGCCGCCUCCGGCAACGGUGGCCGCUUCUUCAUGAGAAAAACCGUUGGCAAGCCCAAGCCCGUUCCCUCCGCCAGCCCGUGGUACGGUCCGGACCGCGUCAAAUACCUUGGCCCGUUCUCCGGCGAGCCCCCGAGCUACCUCACCGGCGAAUUCCCCGGCGACUACGGCUGGGACACCGCCGGCCUCUCGGCCGACCCGGAGACCUUCGCCAAGAAUCGGGAGCUCGAGGUUAUCCACUCGAGGUGGGCCAUGCUCGGGGCCCUCGGUUGCGUUUUCCCCGAGCUCUUGGCCCGUAACGGAGUCAAAUUCGGCGAGGCCGUCUGUUUUGACCCGUUGGGCCUGGCUGAUGACCCGGAAGCCUUCGCGGAGCUUAAGGUAAAGGAGCUGAAAAACGGGAGGCUCGCGAUGUUUUCAAUGUUCGGGUUCUUUGUGCAGGCGAUUGUGACGGGUAAGGGCCCGUUGGAGAAUCUUGCGGAUCAUCUUGCCGACCCGGUUAACAACAAUGCUUGGGCUUAUGCCACGAACUUUGUACCCGGAAAGUGA